AAGAAAAUGGCCACCAAAAGACAGGAAAAGAUCACCAUGUCAGAGAUGAUGAUAAAAUAUCAACUAGAGAUGAAGAAAUUAGUAAUGGAGGAAAGAGAAAGAGAAAGACAAUUUCAGGCUCAAGAAAGAGAAAGAAAAUUUCAGGCAGAGUUGAAGAAGAUGGAGAUAGAAUGGGAAAGACAGAGACUGACACUCUCUCAGCCUUCUGUGGUAACACAACCAGGAACUCCUAGUGAUUUAGCCUUAAAGAGCUUUUCUAAAUACACUAAGGAGGAUGUGGAGAUGCAGCGGACUGAGCUCGCACCACUUUUGAAAAUGUCAUUGUGCCCAGGGGAUUCUUGGUGCCUGAUUGAUUAUAAGUGGUUCAAAAAGUGGCAGAGAUAUGUGGGUUUUGAAAGUUGGGACCUGUAUUAUGCAGGAAAGCCUGAUUACUACCCAGGACCCAUUGACAAUGCGAAACUUUUUGAGGAUUCAGAAACUCAAACUUUAAAAAAGUAUUGCAUGGAUAAAGUGGAUUAUGAGGUGAUUCCUAUUGAAGCCUGGAAUAAGUUAGUCAAUUGGUAUGGAUGUACAGAGGGACAGAGACCAAUUGAGAGGAAAGUUGUGGAAUAUGGCAAAUAUUUCAAAUACUGUAGAGUGGAAGUUUAUCCUUCAGAGUUGAAGCCAUCUCAAAACAAUGACUCUACUGAUCAUAUAAGCUCUUAUUUUGACCCAGUAGAAGAUUCUGCUGAAGAUGGAGGAAUCGUAAAUCUCCAAAAGAAAUUAUCUGAAUCACAGCUUGAAAUUCAUUGCGUGGCUGAGGUAAAUGAGUCACAAGUGGUUGAAAUCCCUGUUCAGUGCCAUAGUGACACAGGAGUGGGACAAGCUGAGGUAAUGGAGGAUUUAGAAGUGCCAGCCAUUGAUGAAGAUGAUUUGCUUGAGCACUCUAAAGAGAUGAAUGUUGGUAUAAGGAGUCAGAAGUUGGAGGAAGAUGGCAGUUGUUCAGGACAGACUUUACAGUCCAGUACUACAAAGGGCAGAAGUCUGGAUGCACAGUCUUCAACUGACUCUAUCUGCUCAGUAGUUACCUCUUUGGUCACCACAAGUAUGGAGCAUGGUCAGCAGUUGUGGCCAGGAAAAAAUUUACCUCAGGAAACCACCAAAUUUGAUCCAGUUGAGUUGCUGUGCACGGGAGAGCCGAAAGGACCAACAAACACACCAAAGAAGAUGGACAUUUUGAGCCUGAGGGUCAUCGCCAAUCACAACGAAUUAAGAAGCAAGUGGAUAUUGGUUUUCAACGGAGAGAAUUCUGAGGACUUCAAUGCAGCAGAGAUUCACAGUUUCAACUAUCAUCAGUUUACUUCCAAAGUUCUACGAAAGUACAUGAACUAUGUUUCCCAGGACUUCUUGAAUGACUCUUGGAAGUUUCGCAAAAGACUUUUUGGGGCAGAGAGAGUUCAUUGUGUUGCUGGGAAGGAUGAGUGUGGUUGUCCCCAACAACACGUUAACCUCUGGAAUGCUCCGCAGAGUGAAACGUCGACAAACUGUAUCAAGUGA